AUGCUAUCUUUAGCUCUGUUUUACCUGGUAGCUGUGAUCUGUUCUGCAAGACGGACACAUGCUCUACCUCUGUACCCUGAUGCCAACCUGGAGCCACAGGCAGAUUUCAUUCAGAAAUUAGUGUCAGAGGUCGAGGAUGGGCCCAAUGCUGCUGAGGGGGAGCAGAGAGAGGCGAAUAAUCUGUAUCCUCUACUGAUGCAGCACAACGGUACUAAAGAUUCAGCACAACAAGAUAAGUUUGCGAAUAUGGUUGAGGACCUAAAAGAAGUGGUUUUGAAGCUGGCAGCGGCCGACAAACUACGCUCUCAGGGUUUUCUCAGAUCAGAGCAGAACUUGCCAAAAACAAACAAGAGAGCGUGUUUCUGGAAAUACUGUGUGACCAACUAG